AUGUUGUAUUCGAAGGUGGGCGUUUGUUUGGUAAAUGCGAAGCAAAUGGUUAAGCUAAGCAGCAGAACACCGCCGUCUACCGUCUAUCGGCUUCUUCACCGCCAGCCGUAGUCUUUUAUUUCUCAACUCCCGUUGCUUCUUCUAUUGAUUUGUUUUUUUUCUUGCCUUCCCUAGUCUUCACUAUCGUGUGUGAAAUUUGGAUUUUCAGCAUGAAUCGGAUUUCCAAAACCUUGCUUCAAUUCCGAAAUCAUUUUCCUUCAUCAUUCCGCAGCAUCAAUGGUCGUUUAUCGUCUGUAAGUCCAUCGAUUCUACCACUUCUAUAUUACUCUCCCAAGUUCUCGGUCUCCGUUCCUUCUUUCUCGGGUUCGAUUACAUUUUUAGUCCCUUUUAAUUCACAAUUUGUUCGAUCAGGAUUUUACUGUACUCUCAAUGAAGUUGAAGGCGAAGAAAUUCCAGAAACCAAUGCGGAUAAACUGCACAGAGCUAUUGUGGAUAAUUCUUACGCACAUCAUGAUAUGGAGGGUGCCCUUGAUCAGGUGGGCGUCUAUUUGACUACGGAUUUAGUUGCAGAUAUUCUCCAUAGGCUUCGUUUUGAUGAGAAAUUAGCGUUUAGAUUCUUUACAUGGGCUGCGCGUCAAGAAAACUAUUCCCAUGAGCCUCGAGUUUAUAAUGAAAUGAUUGAUAUACUCUCCAGCACUAGGUACAAGGUCAAGCAGUUUCGAAUUGUUUGUGACCUUCUUGAUUAUAUGAAGAGAAAUGACAAGAAUACUGUUCCUGUUGAGGUUCUAUUUGGGAUUUUGAGGAAUUAUACAGACAAAUAUUUGACUUGUUUGCAAAAGUUUGCAAAGAAGAAGAAGGUAAUUGUGAAGAGACAACCAGAAAUCAAUGCCUUCAAUUUGUUAUUGGACGCUUUGUGUAAAUGUAGUCUGGUUGAGGAUGCUGAAGCUUUGCUUAAGAAGGUAAAGAAGAAACUGAAGCCGGAUGCGAACACUUAUAAUAUAAUGUUUUUUGGUUGGUGUAGAGUUAGGAACCCAGGAAGAGGGAUGAGAGUAUUGGAAGAGAUGAUCGAGCUCGGUUUCGAUCCUGAUAAUUUUACUUAUAACACAGCUAUUGCAUCCUUUUGCAAAGCAGGGAUGUUGAAAGAAGCAUGUGAACUCUUUGAGUUCAUGAGAACAAAAGGUUCUGCCUUGUCUUCACCCACAGCAAAGACUUAUGCAAUCAUGAUUGUGGCUCUUGUUAAUAAUGGUAGAAUGGAAGAAUGCUUCAAGUUUCUGGAAUACAUGAUAAAAAGUGGUUGCCUUCCCGACGUUUCUACAUAUAAGGAAAUGAUUGAAGGGAUAUGCGUGGCUGGAAAGGUCCAGGAAGCUUACAUGUUUUUGGAAGAGAUGGGAAAGAAAGGUUACCCUCCUGAUAUAGUUACUUAUAAUUGUUUCCUCAAGGUUCUCUGUGAUAAUAAAAUGAGUGAUGAUGCACUCAGGCAUUGUGAUAGAAUGAUUGAAGUUGGUUGCUUACCCAGUGUACAGACUUACAACAUGUUGAUUUCUAUGUUUUUUGAGAUGAACGAUCACAAUGGAGCUUUCCAGAUUUGGCUUGAAAUGGAUAGGUAUGGCUGCACUCGGGAUGUUGAUUCAUAUUGUAUAAUGAUUGAAGGGCUUUUUGGUUGCAAUAAAGUUGGUGAUGCAUGUCUCCUUUUAGAGGAAGUGGUUAACAAGGGAAUGAAGCUCCCUUUUCGGAAGUUUGACUCAUUUCUGAUGCAGCUCUCAGUAAAUGGUAAUCUCAAAGGAAUCCAUCGGCUGUCUGAACACAUGAGAAAGUUUUACAACCGUGCCAUGGCCAGACGUUUUUCGCUGAAUCAAAAGCGGAUGAGCGUGAGUUUGAGAGGAAAGUAACAAGACUUGGUUAGAUAACCACAUCCAAAUUGUUUUCCGUAUUGGAUGUGUUGUAUUAUUUGACAAUCGGUCUUUAUUUGUUACAAAUUAGGCAUGUUAAUUUGAGAAGCAAGUUCAAUUGAGCAUUUCUGCACCAUGUUCUCUAAGUACAAGUUUGGAGGUAACAUCUUCAAGGAGCUCAGUAAAGCAUUCCCAAAAUACAAGUAGAGAUCAGAAUUGGAGGGCAGAAAGAAAUUAACGUGUAAGCUACAGAGCCUUCUACAACACCGCUCCUCGGCAUUCUUUAAGUCUUGUGACUCCCAUUCCAUUUAAAGUUAAGAAACAAAGUCUGAAACUAGCCUAGCCUUGGUAAGGCGGGGGGAAAGCAAUGAGUACAAGUAGGCGAAUAGUAAAGAAAUAUUAUUACAAUAUAUAGCAGUUAAGUUACUUAAAAAUCUGCUUGUAUUUUAAGAGAGGGAUUUCUUCAUUUUAUGAAUAGGACAAAUUUUCAUUUCCCUCUCAACUGAUGUAAAAAAUAUUUAUACUUUCUCAUGUUUUGAUGUUGCCUAGAAGAUGUGCCUGCUGUUACAAAGAUUUCAAUUCAUUGCCAAUUUCUAGCAUCGCUAAGAAAUUUCAGUUAUAAAAUAUGGUCUAUUUAUUGGGAAUGUACA